AUGUUCCGCUGCGACGAGCAAACAGCGACGACGCGACCAAACCUCACGAGUGCGAAAGGAGAUCCCGGCAUUAGGGGCCUCGAUCUUCAUGAGCGCAUCCGCGAAGCCAAUGGCGCAAGCGAGGAUGGGCACGCACACAGCCAGCGAGCCAGCGAGGAGGCCUGGGCAGGGCAGGAUAGGGCAGAGCGGGCAGGGAGCUGGAAAGGGGAAGGAGGAGGGCGAAAGAGGGGAAAGGCUGUGAGGAGAGGCGAGGGCGAAGCGAAGCUUGUGGCACGCACAGCGCGGCAUUCAGCCCCGUUCCUCUUAUCCUAUUUCUUGGCAUUCUCUCCACUCAAUCACCGCCCUCCACCAAUCCUCACUGCCUUUCCCCUUGCACCUCUCUUCAAUUGCCCCACCCCACCUGGAUCCCCCUUCAAUCCACCACCACCUCCCGCUACCAUCUUUCGCUAUUGCACUCACCCCCCUUGCUCGCCAUUGCUGCCCUGCUGCCUUGCUUGCAGCGUGCAUUACUCUCAUUCACCCCAAGCAAUGGCAGCUACCAUGAGCUCCUCCUCCAUGGCCGCUGUUGUGGCGCCGUCGCUCGCUGUGUCGACCUCGACCUCCAAGAGGUCGUCGUCUAAGUUGGGUGUGAGGAAAUUGAAGAACUUCAGCGGGCUGCAACCCGAGAGCCAGGUGACCCGCAUGGGCAUGCCCGUGAGCACGGAGGAGGCGUUCGCCAACAUCAGGGCCAGGUGGAGUGGUCGCGCUUCCCGGGGUGGAGCUUUGUCUGCCAACUGCGACGUAGCUUCUGAAAUUUUCCGCAUUGUGCCCAUCAUGAGCGGCCUCACUCUAGUCGGAAUUGCGAUAGGUUUCGUGCUGUUGCGCGUGGAGGCUGCAGUUGAGGAAUCCGAGUAGAGAUUAAUUCUUGUUGCCACUUCUGUUGUCGCAUAAAUGAAAUUGUUUCUUGAAACUCCAUUUGUCUAA